AUGUUCAAUCGCUUAAUUGAUUUGCAAGCUGCUUUAGCUUUGGCUUUGUGCACACAAGGUGCAUUGGGUCAAUUCUACAGCAACAGCACCUCUUUUUCAGGUAACAGUUCUUCCACAGCUGCUUCAAGCUCUUCCAGCUCUAUUUCCAUCAGCAGUUCUAUUACCUCUUCUGGUUCAUCUAACUCUGGUCUCACAAGCUCUGGAAGCCCAAGCUCAGAAAUAACAAGCUCCGGUUCUGGUUCCGUCUCCAGCUCAGUUCCUUUAACAUCUAGCUCUAGCUCUGCUCCAUCCAGUUCUGGCUCUGCAUCUGGUUCUAGCUCUGCUCCAUCAAGUUCUGGCUCUGCAUCUGGUUCUAGCUCUGCUCCAUCCAGUUCUGGCUCUGGCUCUGUAUCUGGUUCUAGCUCUGCUCCAUCCAGUUCUGGCUCUGCAUCUGGUUCUAGCUCUGCUCCAUCCAGUUCUGGCUCUGCAUCUGGUUCUAGCUCUGCUCCAUCCCGUUCUGGCUCUGCAUCUGGUUCUAGCUCUGCUCCAUCCAGCUCUGGUUCCUCAUCCGGUUCUGGUUCCGUAUCCAGUACACCAACUUCUUCUGUAUCACCUUCGACUUCUGGUUCCAACAGUAUUACGUCCACUGCUCCACCUUCAUCAAGUUCUGGUACAUCUACCUUACCAGAAACUACAAUUUCCGCAGAUGUUACCAUUACUGGUGACUUAUUUGCCACUGCUGCGGUUGAAAUUCUAGCUGGCGCAAGUUUGACUCUUCUCAACGGUCACACAUACGGUUUCUCUGGUGAUCUAAUUGUCCGUGGUGCUCUGAUUGUUACAAAGACCGAACCAACAUAUGAAGGAACUUCAUUCGAUAUCUCGGGUAGUUUAUUUGAUGUCUCUGGUAGCUUCAAUGCUCAAGAUUCUGAUGCCACAACCGCCUCAAUUUUCUCCUUCACCCCUGGUACUUUUGAAAACAGCGGUAUUAUUUCAUUGGAUUUAUCUACUUCUCCAAAUGGUCAAGUUACUUACUCACCUUAUUCCAACACUGGUACCUUUUCUUUCUCCAACUCUAUUGUCAAUGGAGGUGCUGUCUCUGGUCUGGAACGUAGAGCAGAAGGUGAAGGAUCUACCAACAAUGGUAACAUUGUCUUGGAUAAUGGUAGUACAUACGUUGUUCAAGAACCAAUUUCUGGAAAUGGUACCUUUACUGUAACUUCCGGUAAUCUAUACGUGCAUGAUCCUAACACAUUCACUGGUCAAAGUGUUCAUGUCUCUGAGCAAGGUGUUCUUGCAGUUGAUCCUACUGAAACUAACUCCACCCCUAUCCCAGUUGUUGGUUACACUGGUGUAAACCAAAUUGCUAUCACAUCAGAACCUUCAAGCCUAUCCUACGACAGCACUACUGGUGUCUUAUCAGCCACCAUUGGUAACAGCGUUUUCUCAUUCGCUAUUGGUACUGGUUUCUCCAGUUCUGGUUUCAACAUCUCUCAAGGUACAUUCGCUGGUCUAAGUGCUUACUAUUUAAACUAUGGUGGUGCUGUUGCUUCCAGUUCUGCUACUUCAUCGGUUUCUACCACAUCUGGUGCCUCUUCUGUCAGCUCCGCUACUGCUUCUUCAUCCGUUUCCACCACAUCUGGUGCUUCUUCCGUCAGUGCUUCCACUUCUGCUUCAUCAGAAUCUGCAUCUGUUUACACUACAACCAUAAGUUCUGGAACUGUAACAAGUACUGUUGUGGUCUCAUGUUCACAAACUACUGAUGCCAGUGGUAAAGUAUACACUGUUACCACCACUGUCCCAUGUUCAUCCACGACCGCUACUAUAACUUCUUGUGACAAGAGUGGAUGCCAUCCAGUCCCAGCUCCAACUACCACAACGGCAACUAUCACUACUUGUGGUGAAAAUGGUUGCCACCCUGUUACUGGCCCAACCACCACAACAGCAACUAUCACUACUUGUGGUGAAAAUGGUUGCCACCCUGUUACUGGCCCAACCACCACAACAGCAACUAUCACUACUUGCGGUGAAAAUGGUUGCCACCCUGUUACUGGCCCAACCACCACAACAGCAACUAUCACUACUUGCGGUGAAAAUGGUUGCCACCCUGUAACAGGAACAACUACAGCUGCUCCAGAAACUGUUGUUUCAUCAGGUGCCACGUCUGAGAUUGUUUCCUCAAAAUCCUACACUACCGAGACCAUUACUCACUGUGACAACAAUGGAUGUGAGACCAAAACAGUUUCUUCUGAAGCUUCAAAGGAAACCACUGCUGCUACCGUCACUUCAUGUAACGGAGAAGGUUGUGUCACCACCACAUACGCACCACCAGCUACAACAAGUGGUACCAUUGUGACUUCUGCUACCAGCAACUCUCCUGCUCCAUCUACAGGAGUUCCUACCUCUAUUGCAAGCCCUGCAACAGCUCAGACUUCCAUGCCAGGUUCUUCUACAGGUAUUAUCAUUCAAUCUGAAGGUAUUGCCGCUGGCAUGAAAUUCAACAGUUUGACUGCUUUGGCCGGUUUAUUCAUUCUUUCCCUCUUAAACUGA